UCCUGAGCGUGACGGCUAGAUCACGCCCCUCAUGGGGGUGACAGAGUAUCCUCUAUGGGCGAAAGUUAUUGGAGAUGGGUUUAAGAUGGCAGGUUGGCAAUGGCCAAUCGGUCUCUCUUCUCCACUCUAACUAGAUUUCUGGAUACCAUCCCGAUCCCCCUUGCUAUAAUCCGCUUAUCCUGCCAGGUGGGGGUGAUACCUUGGUGGCGGAGGUUAUUUGUGAAGGGGAAGGCCAGUGGUCUGAUGCUAAGCUUAGUCUAUGGUUUGACCCGCCUACCUGCAGCGCCAUUAAGGCUAUUCCACUUUCGUGGCGGAAUGUGGCCGAUAAACUUAUCUAGCAUAACACGGCUGACGGGGUUUUCUCGGUAAAAUCGGCUUACCAUCUGGCUGUAGAUUUGGACAGGAGGAGGGGUGGGUGGCGAUCCUCGGCUAGUUGGAUGGAUAAGCCAAGUUGGAUCAGGGUGUGCGAAGCUAAGAUCCCUUCGAAGCUGAAGGUCUUUGUCUGGAAAAUUCUUAACCGGGCUCUACCAACUACAGAGGCGCUUAUUGAGAAAAAAGUCAUGUGCUGCCCCAGUGUCCAGUUUGCUGGGAUAGCUCAGAGACGAUGGAACAUCUGUUUCUUUAUUUUCCGGUUGCGCGGGCUCUCUGGGACUAUUUAGGGCUGGAAUACUUGGGGGAGGGUUUGCCUCGGCACACCUUCCCAUUAUUCCUCAAACGUUUAUUGGCGCUGAUCCAUGACCAGUCUUUGGUUAUGGCUGUUGUUGCCAUCCUUUGGCGGAUCUGGCGGUCUCGUAGUUGGGUUGUCUUUGAAGGCAAACAGUUUGGGAUCCCGACGCUCAUGCGACAAUUUAACCAACAGUAUGAGGAAUGGGUGGGCUUGCCAAUAGAUCAGGUGCCUAGCGUGACGUGUCCGUUGGUUCAGCCAGCAACUCCAGUGGGUGACUCACGGUUGGUUUGCAUGUGGGAUGGGGUCACUAAGAGUGGGUCGCAUUCGGCUGGUGGGAUGGUUAUUCUAACCCCGGAGCGGAUGCUACUUCUGGCAAAAGAGGUUCAGUUUCCUCAAAUGGAUGAGCAUGCAGUGGUGGAAUUGCUUGUGCUUCGGGAGGCUAUUAUUUGGUGUUUGGAGUGUGGCUUUUCGGAGGUCUGGUUCGAGGGCGAUGCCAAGGUGAUUAUUGAUAAAAAUUAUUCAAGCCGACACAAGGGAUAACCGGUUGGGUGCUGUCCUGGAAGAGGUAGCUCAAUAUUUUCACGCCCAGCCUGGGUUUAGUGUGUGAUUUAUAGGUCGGGAGAACAAUAGGGUAGCUCAUUCGAUAGCUAGAAAAGCCCUCUCUUUGUAUCCGACUACGUGUCGGUUCUUUGAUUUCCGGGCCUGGCUGGUUUCCAGGAUGUAAAUAUCUAUUUCUUUUUGAUCAAUUUAUGAUAUCUUUUGACAAAAAAAAAGGCAUUACCCUUUAAUAUAAAAAAUACCUAAGACAUUGAUUUUUCAUUGAAAUUUCGAGAAACAAACUAUAACGUUAUGCAAAAAAAAUUAAAUUAUUAAAAAAAAUGAAGUUCUCGCCUAUAUAUAACUUAAUUGUAGCAAACAAUUCAUAUAAUAAAAGUAAAAUCUUAAG